GUCCCUAGAGUAAGAGCGGGGACACAUUGGGUUUGCUGGGAAAUGGGAGAACAGGACUGAGAAUUGUGUGCUCAUGUGUAACAGACUGGUAGAAGAGACAGCUGUAGGAAGCACUUUAUUGCAGAAAGUCCAUGGCUCGGAGCAGAUGUGCUACUCAGAGCUGAGCCCCUCAUAUUGUGCAUGUGUGAUAUUUGCUUAAAGAGAAAUCCACGUUUAAUGGUUCUUGGAAUCAUAAUGCACCUUAGAAAAAUAAUCAGUUUCAGCUUGGACUUAAGCCCCAGUGUUCAUAAGGUGUACAGUGCUGGGGAAAUAGUGGAAGGCAAAGUGGUCUUGGAGCUGUGCAAGGAGCUGCGGGUGUCUGCCCUAGAGGUGUGUGGCAGGGGGCUGGCAACAGUUCACUGGCUGGAGAGUCGCAGUGUUGGCAUGAACACUGUCUACAGCGAUUUCACCUCAUAUGAGACCUAUCUGCGGAAGCGUCAGCAUCUAAUUAGAGAUAAUGGCACACUUACCAUGCUGCCAGCAGGAAGGCAUGAAUUUCCCUUCAGCUUUCAACUGCCUGAGACCCUAGUAACGUCAUUUGAAGGAAAGCAUGGAAGUGUUCGCUAUUGGGUAAAGGCAAAGUUGCAUCGUCCAUGGUGUACAGUGAAGAAAGUCAAGAAGGAAUUCACUGUAAUAGAACCUAUUGAUAUCAACACUCCAGAUCUCUUGGCUCCACAAGCUGGCAGCAAGGAGAAGAUUGCACAUGCCUGGUACUGCAACCUGGGGCAUGUCUCAGUCACUGCAAAGAUAGACCGUAAAGGCUAUACUCCAGGUGAAGUGAUUCCGAUCUUUGCUGAAAUUGACAACUGCACUACCCGUGCUGUGAUACCCAAGGCAGCUAUUAUCCAGUCGCAGGCAUUCGUUGCUCGUGGUACCAUGAAGCAAAAGAAAUCUGUGGUAGCCACUUUGGCAGGGGAUGCAGUGCCUGCAGGAAAAAGGGAAACCUGGCAUGGACGAGCUCUAAAAAUCCCACCUCUUGGUCCCUCCAUCUUGCAGUGUCGGAUUAUCCGUGUGGAAUAUACUCUGAAGGUUUGUGUUGAAAUUCCCGGUUCUUCAAAUUUGGUUCUGGAGCUGCCAUUGGUGAUUGGUACUAUCCCACUGCACCCAUUUGGAAGUAGGACCUCCAGUGUUGGAAGUCAGUAUAGUGUCAACUUGGAAUGGCUGCGUAUGACUGUACCUGAACAGCCUGAACCUCCUCCUGAUUAUUCUUCAGUGGUGUCUGAAGAGGAGGCAGAACACAACCUUUCUCCUCCACAUCAUUCUAGCAUGGGCUGUUUGCUAGAAGGGCCAUUCUAUGCUUACAUCCAAGAAUUCAGAAACAGACCUCCUCCUCUUUACUCCGAGGUUGAUCCUAAUCCUCCCACUGCAGACAUCAGACCACGUUGCAUGACCUGCUGAAAGAUGACUGCCAGCAAACUGAAUUGUCUAUGUAACGUAAAGCAGUUGAGCUUAGACUGAAAAUGUCCUCACCUCCAACUGGAGGUUUCCUCUGGGAGAACUGAUCCAGAGGUAGGAGGAAACAGACUUAUGCCUGUCUUCCCAUGGAGAAAUGAAGCUUUCCAUGCAAGAGAUGGGUCUGGUGUUCCAGUGCAUCACCAGUGUCUCCCAGAAAGCAGUCUGUAAAAGGAAGAGGAGGCGAGGAAUGAUCAUUUUAACCACUAUUGAACCUUUGAGUCAGUGAUUAUAGUCUGCUUAUAAUGUGAUUAUAAUCUGUUUAUUGAGCUCUGGGGAAAAACAGGCUUUCUGCACUUCUAAAGAAAAAACUAAGCUGUUAUGAGAUGUUACUAAAACUGUAAUAGUACAGCAUUUUUAUUUUUUUCUAGACAAUUGUACAUUCUAGCUGAAAUUGUCAAAUGCCUGACAUCACCCAGCAUGUUGCAGGCUUUGCUUGCCCAGAGCACAGAAACCAAACUGUUAAGGGCUAAGCAUUUCACACAACCAAAGUUAAUGUUUACAGUACAGUCAGUCUGGUUCAUAGUUUGCUUAGCAGGUGCUGAGCUAAAGAAUGUUCUGCCUUUUUCAUUCUUUAAACAUUGUAGAGCAGAUAUUUUCCCCCUGUAAUUUCUACAGUGCCUGCAUACAACCAAAGAUUGAACUGGGAUCUAAAAAAGAAAAAAGUUUACUUUUAUUAUGACAUCUGCUUGACCUAUGGAAUAGCUAUACACACAGUAUCUGCCUUAAUUUGUUAUUCCAUGCCAUGGCAGCAGUAGCCUUAAAGCAAACCUUUUUUUUUUUUUUUUUUUUUUUUUAAGUCCUCUUAAGGGAGAAAAAAAAAAGAUACAUAUUAAUUAUGAGUUGAAAGUGAACUUUAUAAAAUUGUAAUAGUGUAAGCUUUGUAAGUUUAUAUUUCAAGCACAUUGAUUUAUUAUUUAUUCAAUCUGUAAAAUCACCUUAUAUUUUUUCAGUAUUAAUGAAAGAGGAUUGCUUUGAAAGCGGAAUUUGGUGCUACAGUGCCUUUUCAUUCUAUUAAGUGACCUUACAUAUAAGUCAGGACUUUAAACUCUGAGAUGGGAUUACUCAUGACCCUCGGGCUGUUGAAAAAAUACUUCAGUGGGAAAUUUCCAGAUAUUCCCUGUAUUCCCUGUAAAACAAACAAAAAAAAAAAACUUCAGAUUUUGUUGCCUUAAGAUCACUGUAUAAUUCAAAACAAAAAACUGCGGAAAACAAAGUGAACAUUCCAGUUGCUGUUUGUGUAAGGGCUGCACACUUGCUUUAAAUUUACAACAAAAUCAGGAGACCUGUGAACCUUACUGCUGCAACUUCUUUAUUGCUGGAGAUAUCUUAUUCUCACAGCAGAUCUGUGAAUUGCAGAAGAUAUAAUGUGGUAUUUAUGGUUCUUUGCAUUUACACUGUAAAUAUUUUUACUGCAUUUGCGAUUGGUUGGCUGCAUUGAAAAUUCCAAUUAAUAUGCAAUUGUGUAUAUACAUUUUUUCAUAAUAAAUAACUUUGCAUUUAAGAGCU